AUGCUACAACCGAGACUAAUUUGGCUAUUUCUGGCACUAGUCUCAUUUCUCGAUUCGAUUCCGAUUCCAAAUGGGCAAAUUGGAAAGGCUGAGGUGGAGUGUGGCGAGGAUUACAUUGAGAUCGUCUUUUUAACUGAUGACGAUUUUCAGGGUCGAAUUUUCGUCGUUGGACACGCCAACGAAACCGACUGUGUCUCGAGGGAUAAGGUGCAUCCCAGAAGUCCGCAUAUUAUUAUCGACCGAAAAAAAUGCGGUGUCACGACGACGAGAUCAGGUGAUCCAUUGGGUCUGUUCGUCACCACGAAGAUCAUGCUUUCUUUUCACGAGGAGUUCAUCACAAAAGUCGAUCGGGGCUAUGAGAUCUCCUGUUUCUACAUGCAAGCCGAGAAGACAGUCACUUAUCCAAUCACCGUUUCCGGAGCUAGUCUCUCACCGUUUACCGAAAUCGCUGAAAUGCCGAGGUGUCGCUAUGAGGUGAUUGACCCAAAAUCGAAAGAGCCGCUAGACGUGGUGACUGUUGGGAGUAAAUUGCUCCACUCGUGGACAUGCGACUCAUCAGCUCCAGAUCUCUGGUGUAUGCAAGUCCAUUCGUGCUUCGUCGAGGACGGUUCAGGGACUCAGUUCAUGAUUCUCGACGAUAUUGGUUGCUCGAUCGAUCGCUACCUGUUAGAUAAUCUCGAGUACGGUCCGGGCAAGUUGCACGCUCAGAAAGAGGCUCACGCAUUCAAAUUCGCUGACAAGGUGAUCGUGAACUUUCAAUGCAGUGUUCGAUUGUUGAUUAAAGACGGCGAGUGUCCGAUUCCCGAGUGUCUAGAUUUGGGAAAGCCGAUAAAGAGAAGUCGAUUCAGUAAAAUCAAGCGGAAUAUCAUCGAGCAUCAACACCGAGAAGCCAUCGGGACUCGGAGUGAGCAAGAGAUCGAUGUGCGAGCCAACAAAUUGGAUGUACUCGAUCCAGAGAUUGAUCUCGAUCCAUCUCGUCUUCACGGCGAUUCCCGGGAUUCUAUGUGCAUUCGUGCAAAGGAAUUGCUCGGAAUCGCCAUUCUGGGUGGCACACUGUUCAUCACAUUGCUCACAAUUAUCGGAUUUUUGUUUUUCCGGCACCCCCCGCCGAAGCUG